GCGUCGGGCAGGCCGCCGGGCUCGCGCCUUCCCUCCUCCCCCGCCAGCAUCCGGGUCCUUCCGCGCGGUGCAGCAGGUCGGUAGGCGGGAAAUGGCGACCGGCCGCUGCUGGGGCUGCUGAGCGCGACCGAGACCCGGCGGCAGCGGGACCGGCGGCGGCGGCGGCGGCGGCGCUUUGUAGGAGCCGCGCGGCGGGGGAGGCCUGCCGGGCCUGGGCUGCCCUGCCGCCGCGGGGCCGGUCUCCGGCGGCGGGGAGGCGCCCGACUGCCCCACCUUCCCCUCGGCGCUUCACAGUAAAAUGGGAAUAAUUCAUCACAAACUGUUGGUGCUGCAAGGGUUAAUUACUUAAUGUUAAUAAAGGCAUUUGAAGAUUAAAAAGGGCCUACAGCUCCUUCAGACUCAUGCUGUGUCCACCUUAACUGCUCUUCCCAUGCCAUCCUGUUGCAGCUGAGUUUGAAGAAACCAGGAACACCAAUUCUUACACCUAUUUUGGAGAAACUCAGUUUUGAAAUUGCUAUGAUUUAAUAGAUAUACUAAAGAUUAUACUAGAGUUUUUACAUGUGAUACCAUCAAAAAUGAGGCUGAGAACACGGAAAGCUUCUCAGCAGUCAAAUCAAAAUCACACACAGCGUGCAUUGAGAGUAAAGAGGAAAUACUCAGAUGUGGAGGAGAACAUAACUGUUGGUGGAGGAAAACUUCAGAAAAAUGAAACUGGCUUACUAUCUUCAAUUAAAAAGUUCAUUAAAGGAAGUACCCCAAAGGAUGAACGAGAACACCCUGCAAAAAGAAGUAGAAUCGAACGUGACAUAGAAGACAACUUAAUUACAUCCACUCCUCGAACAGGAGAAAAGCCUAAUAAACAGCUUUCUCGAAUUAGGCGGAAAAGUCAAGUGAAUGGAGAAGCUGGGAAUUAUGAAAUGGCAAACCAGCAUGUCCGGCAAAAUGGAAAAUUGGAUGAUAAUCCCACCAGCUGCAGCCCCCCAAGGACGACAUUAUUGGGGACCAUAUUUUCUCCUGUCUUCAAUUUUUUCUCACCAGCAAAUAAAAAUGGAACAGCAGGCUCGGAUUCUCCCGGCCAAGCUGUGGAGGCUGAAGAAAUUGUGAAGCAGCUCGAUAUGGAGCAGGUAGAUGAGAUCAUUACCAGCACUGCCGUCUCAGCCAACGGAGGAGCGCCCUACGCCAGCCAGGCAGCCCAGGUCCGAACGACCAUCAACACCGUCUUGGAGGAAGUGGAGGAUGUGGCGGACUGUGAUCUUCCUCCACUGACCGCACCAGUAUCUCCAGACAGUGGUUAUUCAUCAGCUCAUGCAGAAGCCACCUAUGAAGAAGACUGGGAAGUCUUUGAUCCGUACUACUUCAUCAAGCAUGUUCCACCGCUAACAGAAGAACAACUUAAUCGGAAACCUGCUCUUCCAUUGAAAACCAGAAGUACACCAGAGUUCUCGUUAGUUCUAGACUUGGAUGAAACAUUAGUCCACUGUAGUCUAAAUGAACUGGAAGAUGCUGCACUCACGUUUCCAGUCCUUUUCCAGGAUGUCAUUUACCAGGUUUAUGUGCGGUUAAGACCAUUUUUCAGAGAAUUCUUGGAAUGUAUGUCUCAAAUUUAUGAGAUCAUUCUUUUUACUGCUUCUAAAAAGGUCUAUGCAGACAAAUUGCUGAAUAUAUUAGACCCUAAAAAGCAGCUGGUCAGGCAUCGACUUUUCCGUGAACAUUGUGUUUGUGUGCAAGGGAACUACAUAAAAGAUUUAAAUAUCCUUGGCAGAGAUCUCUCAAAAACGAUCAUCAUUGACAAUUCACCACAAGCCUUUGCCUACCAGCUUUCAAAUGGAAUUCCUAUAGAAAGCUGGUUCAUGGAUAAAAAUGACAAUGAACUUCUAAAGUUGAUUCCUUUUCUGGAAAAACUUGUAGAACUGAAUGAAGAUGUUCGACCUCACAUCCGAGACAGAUUUCGCUUGCAUGACUUACUACCCCCUGAUUAAACUCAAUCUUUGGUCAAAGAGCUGAAGGGAAAGAAAAUGCAGGAUCCUUUUUCUUUUUGGACUAAAACAAAAACAUUGCCAUUACUGUUGAAAUUUUUGCAUUUUUGUACCCUUUCUCACUUUUCUUAUCUCUGGUGCCCAACAGUAAUAAAAGGGUUACAGAAGAACUUUCUAUAUCGCCAAAUGGAAAGACGUGCAGUAUAAUAGGUAGGCUAGAACAGAAGAGUCUUUAGAUCUAGUGCAACGCCCAUAAUUUUUAAUGUACAGAACACCUGCCGUUUUUAGAGAAUUCUGUUUCUGCCACCAGCAGUUUAUCCUAUAAAAAUACAGGAUUUAUGAAAUCACAGAGAUUGAAAAUGGACUCUUGUUUUCUCUCUGUUUGGUGCUCUCUAAGUGGGUUUGUAGCCACUUUGUGUUACUUUUAAAAUUCUCAUUUCAACAGGAAUGGCCAGUAAUUUUUUUCCUGUUAAGGUUUAUAACCUUUUUACAUUUUUGAUCUGUAUUCAAUUUUAGAAUUUCAUUAUGCAUUCCUUUUAGUUGAGGUGACUUCAUAUUUUUCUGGGAAUAGCCAAGUUUUAUUCAUUUUUAUUAUUCGAUUGAAUGGCCAUUUUCCUGCUUUGUCUGCCUGCAUACUGUAUAUUUGUUUUUAAAAAUCAUCUAGUUUUAUUCUAUGUAUGAUCGAAUAUAUACAUACAUACAUACAUACAUACAUACAUAUAUGUGUAUGUAUGUGUAUAUAUAUGUAUAUAUGUGUGUGUAUGUGUGUGUAUAUAUAUAUAUAUAUAUAU